AUGACAAAAUACUUUCUUCUGAUUGGGUUGAUAGCGAGAAUGCUACAAUUGAAAGUAAUUUGGUUGCACCAAGAGGACGAGGAAGACCUAGGAAGUAUCCACAAAGUGCAUACCAAACCAAUUUCGAAGGAGUAG